GGCGGGGCUGCAGGCGACUCCCGUUUUCCUCCGACUUCCGGACAUCUCCCUGAGAGUCGCGCAGAGUGGAGUCAGAGGCAACCAGUGCUCGCUCCGGUCUCUGGGGAUCCGGACCGCGGCGGCGGCCCCGCGGACGGGAUGUUCCGGGGCUUGAGCAGUUGGCUGGGCUUGCAGCAGCCGGCGUCAGGCGGUGGGCAGCACAAUGCAGACGCUCCACCCGAGCAGCCAUCCGAGACGGUGGCUGAGUCCGCGGAGGAGGAGCUGCAGCAAACGGGAGACCAGGAGCUCCUCCACCAGGCCAAAGACUUCGGCAACUAUUUAUUUAACUUUGCAUCUGCUGCCACAAAAAAGAUAACUGAAUCAGUUGCUGAAACAGCACAAACAAUAAAGAAAUCCGUAGAAGAAGGAAAAAUAGAUGGCAUCAUUGACAAGACAAUUAUAGGAGAUUUUCAGAAGGAACAGAAAAAAUUUGUUGAAGAGCAACAUACAAAGAAGUCAGAAGCAGCUGUGCCCCCAUGGGUUGACACUAACGAUGAAGAAACAAUUCAACAACAAAUUUUGGCCUUAUCAGCUGACAAGAGGAAUUUCCUUCGUGACCCUCCGGCCGGCGUGCAAUUUAAUUUUGACUUUGAUCAGAUGUACCCCGUGGCCCUGGUCAUGCUCCAGGAGGAUGAGCUGCUGAGCAAGAUGAGAUUUGCCCUCGUUCCUAAACUUGUGAAGGAAGAAGUGUUCUGGAGGAACUACUUUUACCGCGUCUCCCUGAUUAAGCAGUCAGCCCAGCUCACGGCCCUGGCCGCCCAACAGCAGGCCGCAGGGAAGGAGGAGAAGAGCAAUGGCAGAGAGCAGGAUUUGCCGCUGACAGAGGCAGUACGGCCCAAAACGCCACCCGUUGUAAUCAAAUCUCAGCUUAAAACUCAAGAGGAUGAGGAAGAAAUUUCUACUAGCCCAGGUGUUUCUGAGUUUGUCAGUGAUGCCUUCGAUGCCUGUAACUUAAAUCAGGAAGAUCUGAGGAAAGAAAUGGAGCAACUAGUGCUUGACAAAAAGCAAGAAGAGACAGCCGUACUGGAAGAGGAUUCUGCAGAUUGGGAAAAAGAACUGCAGCAGGAACUUCAAGAAUAUGAAGUGGUGACAGAAUCCGAAAAACGAGAUGAAAACUGGGAUAAGGAAAUAGAGAAAAUGCUUCAAGAGGAAAAUUAGCUGUUCCUGAAAUAGAAGAAUAAUCCUUAACAGUCUGCAAACUGACAUUAAAUUCUAGAUGUUGACGCUCACUGAAUCAGAAGGCAUAAAAAAGUAUAACUUUAUGAAAUUCAAAAUUACCCUUUUUUCAGGUUGAAACUUGCCUCUUCUACUUUAAAAAAGUAUAUAGAACAGUUACUUGUAAUAAUCAGAAAGAGAUGUUUUGUAGAACGUUUCUUUAGUAUAAAUAGAGUUGGAGAUGUCCUCGUAGGCAGUAUGGCUAUCUUUGCCACAGAAACGUAAGUAAAAUUUUAGAGUUCUGUUUUCCAUGAGGUCAAAAAUACAAUUUAUUCCUCAGUCAUGGUUUUCUAAAUAUCUUUACUCCACAUUCCAUUUGAAUUGAUAUGUGGGUGUUAAAGUACCUACUUAAUGGAUUGAUUACUAUCAAAAUGACCAAAUUAUACCAAAGAACUUAAGAGGAAGCACUUUCAGAACUAUUUGCUUGCCAGGUAUUUUCUAAAAUUCCACCUGAAAGCCAAAAGAUAAAAUAAGUUGAUUUUAAUGA